AGUUCUAACGACGACGCUAGGUACUCAGGACGACGCCGCGAGCACCACUGUUGACUCCGCGAACGUCGCAGAACCUCUUCAUUUUCUCUCGUCCAUUUGACGAGUGUGACAUCUAUAAGGCUGUUAUCGAAACCGAAAGUGGUGGGGACUAACCUACGAAACAGACUUGAGCCGGUGACAGUUUUACGUUGUGAGUGAAAAACUUUCGCCAAAAAUUAUUUAACUUCAAGUGAUUUCUUCUUGGUGACAUCGAAGAUGUACCCGUUCUUGAUCUACCAGGCGUUCUUCUACAUAUUUUGCCUCCUCUGGACCGAUACAGCCGAGCAGGUGGUGAAAAGAGGUGUUCAACCAUCUGGGCGCAGAAUCGGGUACAAUUCCUUGGAUGGGCCCCAGACGUCGCCGAUGCCUGAGAUGACGCUACCUCCAAGAAAAUUUGAUCCUCAAUUCGACUUAACAACUCCGAAAAAUGUCACUGCCCUCGUUGGAAAAUCGGCCUAUUUAAGCUGUCGCGUUCGAAAUAUCGGAAAUAAAACCGUAUCUUGGAUUCGUCACAGAGAUAUUCAUAUUUUAACGGUUGGAAGUUACACUUAUACGAGCGAUCAACGUUUCCAAGCGAAUCACCAUCCCGAAACCGACGACUGGACCCUACAAGUGAAAUGGGCGCAGAAAAGGGAUGCCGGAAUCUACGAAUGCCAAAUCAGCACCCAACCAGUAAAGAGUUACUUCGUCACUCUGACCGUCGUCGGUUUUUCAGAAUACGGAGACUACAAUGAAACAAUGGAACCGAACGAUGAGGUGUUUAGUAAAAGAGUACCGACUGCGGCCAUCCUGGGCGGACCUGAUUUGCACGUUGAUAAAGGAAGCACGAUAAACUUGACGUGCGCGAUCCGGUUCAGCCCUGAGCCGCCUGCGUACAUUUUCUGGUACCAUCACGACGAUAUUUUCUUGAGUAUUUAUUAUAAGUCUGAAACGAACUUCGUGAUCAGUUAUGAUUCAAGUCGCGGUGGCGUGAGCGUUAUAACAGAAAAAGGUGACAUCACGACAAGUUUCCUGCUAAUUCAGCACGCGGACAUCGCGGAUUCGGGCAAAUAUUCCUGCAGUCCUUCGAACGCAGACGUAGCCAGCGUAAGAGUGCACGUGCUCAAUGGGGAACAUCCUGCGGCAAUGCAGACUGGUUCCGCUGGCCUCCCAAACACUUCUGUCACCGUUCUCGCCCUCAUCUUCAUCAUGGUGAGCACAAGGUAGCCAGUAGGUUCAGCAUUCGACGCGUAAACGCCAUCCAACGGCGAUUUACGUAUGCAGGGAAUUUAGGCAACUGGGACACACUUCAAAAAUAAAAAGAAAAAAUAUCCUUCCGGAAAAAACACUCGAAACCAGUCAUAUCUUUUCAUCAAAAAUGAAACUUUUAAGCAACUCUUAUUAAGCCCCAAAACAAAAACGUUAAAAGUUACUUAAAAGUUUCACAUUUUAAAUCCUAAUAAACUUCAUCAAAAUCAAAAAUCAAAAAAAAACAAAAAAAAAAGAUUUCCUGGGGUUUAAUAUUGGAUUUGAACACCGUCGAAAAAGGCUUCAACAAAUUGUUAAUCGCGCCCUCUUUCAACGGUGUUCUAACUCGCUUUGGCUAUUUCAACUUAUUCAGUUCGAGUCUAAAACGGUAACUAGCGUGUAAUUCCCCCCAUCUAUUAGCAAAUCGCUCUCCCCUCGAGAAAACGACUUAUAACGCCUCCUCGCGGCGAAAGUGUAAACUACUUUCGCACACAAGAUGGCGCUAAUCCAAAAAUAUGUAUUGUGGAAAAGUUAAUUAAUAUUAAUAUCAACUAACUAAUAUAACUAUCUUAACUAGAUUAAGUUAGAUUAGUUAAAUCAGUUAGUUAGAUUAAAAAAAUAUAUGAUUAAGCUUAAAAAAAUGGGGCAUAUCUAAAAAAGAUUUAAAUUACGAUCAAGAAUUGUAUUGAUGACUUGGAAGAUUAAAAAAUUUAUUUUUCAAGCACGGUUACCCGAUCAAAAUUCCGGGAAAUUACUUAACGCUACACUAUAAUCGAUGUAUAAAUGUUUACGUGACUAAAUGUUCGAUGUUAUAAGUGUUUUACCCCGAAUUCAACCUUUAAUUUUUUCUAUUAUUAUUCGUUCUCAUUUAUUUACAACCAAUUAUUCUAGAUUAAGCGUAAUAUAACGUAUAUAUUUUUUGGUCGGCGUAACUGUGCAUUUGAAAAGAUAACCGAACCAAAAAACAACAAAAAAACCAAAAAAAUUAGAUGUAACUCGAUGUAUCCUAUUCUUGGUGUAACCUUUCAACAAGUCGAUGUCGUUGUGAACAAA